AUGAGCAACGAGGACUUGAAGGCCGAGCACGUCUCCCGAGCCAAGCUCUCCGAACAAGCUGAGCGAUACGACGACAUGGCCGAGUUUAUGCGACAGGUCACCGAGUCUGGCAUCGAACUCACCAACGAGGAGCGAAACCUUUUGUCCGUCGCCUACAAGAAUGUUGUCGGCUCUCGACGAUCCUCCUGGAGAGUCAUUUCUUCCAUCGAGCAGAAAUGCGAGCCCGGAGAGAAGAAAUCGCUGUACGCCAAGGAAUACCGCGAAAAAGUCGAGAAGGAGCUCCAAGACAUCUGCGAGAUCGUUCUCAGCCUUUUGGACAAGCACCUCAUCCCCAAGUCCUCCUCCGGCGAGUCGAAGGUCUUCUACUUGAAAAUGAAGGGAGAUUACUACCGAUACCUCGCCGAGGUUGCCACUGGUGAUCGACGAAAGGAAAUCAUGGACCAGUCGCAGCAGGCUUACAAGGGCGCCUUCGAGGUCGCGCAGAAAGAGAUGCCCCCAACCCACCCUAUCAGACUUGGCCUUGCUCUCAACUACUCAGUCUUCUACUACGAAAUCCUCAACGACCCCAACGAAGCCUGCAGCCUCGCCAAAUCUGCCUUCGAUGACGCCAUUGCCGAGCUCGACACUCUUUCAGAAGAAUGCUACAAAGACUCCACGCUCAUUAUGCAGCUUCUCCGGGAUAACUUGACCCUCUGGACGACCGACAACCAAAAGGAAGAAGCCGAUGAUGCCGGCGAUGAUUAA